AUGAGUCUGGUCCAGGACAGCAGCAGCCCUAUGCCUACACUUCACUGCGCUAGCCUCGCCACGCCAGCCAGCCGCCAGCGAGAGGCAGCUGCGCAUCACACGGGGGAGAAGCUGUACCAGUGCAACCAGUGCGGGAAGAGCUUCGGCCAGUUCUGCAGCCUCAAGCGCCACCAGAUGGUCCACACGGGGGAGAGGCCGUUCCCUUGCCCCCACCUCCACCAACCUGAAGGUGCACCAGAGCGUCCACACCGGGAGAAGACGUUUCGCUGUUCCAUGUGUGGCAAGAACUUCUCCUUCCUCAGCAACCUGAUCGGCACAAGCCUCUGCACACUGCCAUGUAAACCCAAACCCUAA